AGAGGCAGUCAAAUUGCUCGCAAACUGGUGCGGGCGGGUUCAACACCAGAGAGCUCAGCCAAGGCUCUCACACCCACAACGGGGAACCAAACCAACCUCUUCUCCUUUCCCUAAUUUCUCAAAUGACCAAUUACUCUCACUCUCAUAUCUGCCAGUGCCUCAGCCGCAUAGCCACCGCACACCGAGCUUCUUCGCUCACCAUUGCCGGCAACAGACGCCAGACCGGCGAGCAGUUCGUCAACAGUGUUUUGGCGCUCGCCCGAGGCUUGCUUGAUCUCGGCCUCCUUCCGGGAGACGUUGUUGUUAUCUCUGCUUCCAACAGUGAUUGGUACUUGGAGUGGUUGCUUGCGGUUGCAUUUGUUGGCGGCAUUGCUGCUCCUCUGAAUUACCGAUGGAGCUUUGAAGAGGCAAUAUCUGCAAUGGUAGCCGUGCAGCCAGUGAUGUUGGUCAUUGAUGAGAGCUGUUGUCAGUGGUAUUCAAAACUUCGGAACACUGACAUACCUUCCUUGAGAUGGCAGGUCUUAAUUGGUUCCCAUCGACCGGGUUAUGAUAAAACAAGGGGAGCCUUGACCACUGAAGAAUUGAAGAAGUAUCAUGUAGUAAGCCUACCACUGGAUUUCCUCCAUGCACCUGAAGAUGCAGCUCUAAUAUGCUUUACUUCCGGAACAACGGGAAGGCCAAAGGGAGUUGUUAUCACGCAUUCGGCUCUGAUUGUGCAGACCCUUGCAAAAGUUGCUAAUGUUGGUUAUAGUGAGGAUGAUGUUUAUUUACAUACUGCUCCUUUGUGUCACAUUGGUGGUUUGUCAUCAGCCAUUGCCAUGCUAAUGCUUGGAGCUCGCCAUAUAUUAAUACCUAAGUUUGAGGUUAAGUCUGCUGUUGAAGCAAUAGAUCUAUACGGUGUGACUUCUUUAAUCACUGUCCCCGCAAUGAUGGCUGAUUUAGUUUCUUUAAUCAGGGAAAGAGAUAAUGGCAAAAGAAGAGAAAGUGUGAAGAAGAUAUUAAAUGGAGGUGGGGGGCUUCCGUUAGAGCUAAUCAAAGACGCCAUGAAAUUUUUUCCCAGAGCUAAGCUUGUAUCAGCCUAUGGGAUGACUGAGACAUGCUCAUCAUUGACCUUCCUGAUGCUUUGCGAUCCAACGGGAGAAACUUCUAUUCCACACUUCCAGAGUUAUGCGCAAUCAAACUGUCAUUCAAUAUAUCAACCAGAGGGUGUUUGUGUUGGCAAACCUGCCCCUCACGUAGAAAUGAAAAUUUGUUUGGAUGAUUCUUCUCAUGUUGGGAGGAUUUUAACCAGAGGACCACAUUUAAUGCUUAGGUACUACGAUAAAAUUUCUCCAAGGCCAUCAAAUGACGUCAAUGAAGUUUGGUUUGAUACAGGUGAUAUUGGUUCAAUAGACGACAAUGGUAAUCUGUGGCUUGUUGGACGAUCAAAUGGCAGAAUAAAAAGUGGUGGUGAGAACAUUUACCCCGAGGAGGGGCAUUUGUCUACUAGUUACACUAAUAUUGAUUCAUCUUGUGAAGUAGAUUACUCAAAUGAGUUUACCACAAAUGAGAUAUUCAAAAGUCGAGAAGCUUUAAUUAAUUGGACACGAGAGGUUGGAAAGAGAAAUGGAUUGGUUAUAGUGAUAAAGACAUCUGAUGCAGGCGUGAAUGGUAGGAGGCCUAGAAUUUCUUUUGGUUGUGAGAGAAGUGGGAGUUAUAGACGGUUAUCAAAAUUGGAAGUUUUAGAAGACAGAGGAGCCCGCAAGCUUACUGGAACCAAAAAAUGUGGAUGCCCUUUUUUAUUGAAAGGACAAAAAUUGACCACAGAUGGUGAUUGGAUGGUCAAAGUAGUAUGUGGGGUACAUAAUCACGUAGCAAAUAAAAAUAUGGAAGGACAUUCAUUUGCAGGGAGGUUAUCGCAAGAAGAGAAUGAAAUCUUGAUGAACUUGUCUAACUCAUCAGUCCGCCCUAAAGAUAUAUUGAGCACAUUGAAGAGUCGAGAUGCUCGAAAUGCUAGCACAAUGAAGACCAUAUAUAAUGCUCGUCAUCGACAAAAGAGAGUUGAGAAGAAACAAAAACCAGAUAUGCAACAACUUUUUGGUGGAGAGAAUUCUAUUGCAACAUCCCGGAGUUAAAGGCUGUGCUGUGGUGGCCAUUCCUGAUUCUCGUUUGACAGAGAAGGCUGUGGCUUGUGUUCAAUU